AUGGAUCAGAAUCAGAAUUUCAAAGUCGGUAGCCCAAAUGUCUUCAUCGAGGCUGCUAAGGAUGCUCUCUGGUCGCUACAAGCAUGGCUCACCCAGUGUAUGUCCAGCCGCACCAAAACUAUCAAUAUAAACGGAACUCAAUAUAAUAUCAUAAAAUACCUCUCAGAAGGCGCGUUCAGCUACGUGUAUCUCGUCAGCGACGCGGACAACGUCUACGCGCUCAAGAAGAUCACAAACGGCGGCUUCGAAGGUGAAGUGGGAUGCUACCAGCGAUUCAAAAGCAAGUACAUAAUAAGUCUCCUCAACUACUCCAUUCAAGAUGGCGCUAUCAACCUCAUCCUCCCCUACUUGAAGAAAGGCAACUUGCAGGACUAUAUCAAUCUCAAUUCCACCUUGGAUGAGCGCAUGUCGCUGCAACUGUUUAGUGGUGUGUGUCAGGGUGUGCAGGUGCUGCACAAUCACUACCCCGCACACUCUCACUCCCGCUCUAGCUAUCCUCCAUCCUCAAUUGACCAGGAUGUCAACGACGAAGAGGGCGAUCAACCUGGUCACGUCCCAUACGCACACAGGGAUAUCAAACCAGGGAAUGUAAUGCUCGCUGAUGACGGCACACCCGUAUUGAUGGACUUGGGUAGCUGCAUCAAGGCUAGAGUGCGCAUUCAUAACCGGUCACAAGCGCUCGUGCAGCAGGACAUGGCAGCUGAGCACUCCUCUAUGCCGUACAGGGCACCUGAGCUGUUCGAUGUGAAAUCGGAUACCACUUUAGACGAGAAAGUCGACAUAUGGUCUUUGGGUUGCACCCUCUAUGCCCUCGCUUACUCUCACUCUCCAUUUGAAGAUCCAAAACAGGCCGCACAGGGUGGCUCUAUUGCAAUGGCUGCUCAGAGCGGCAGAUUUACUUACCCUGCUAAUGACACCCACUCGGAUACAUUCAAAGCAAUUAUAGAAGCUUGCUUGAAAAUAGAUCCUUCGAAAAGACCAACUAUAAAUCAACUCAUCAGCAUGACCGAACAUGCCCUCAGUGUCGGUGUUUGA